GCUGCUGAUUUUUUGCUGUUCCCGCGAAAAUCUCCGACAGCAUGGCUGUGCAACAGUUGCGACCCCACAGGGUGUCCGGUGCAGAGAAGCAGGCUGUAGGCACCGUGCUGGCCUUGGCACUGCAGAAGGCAUGGCGCAGUGGCUCCGCAGGAUUUUUGGCGGGCACCAUGCAGGUGCUGGCGUUCAUGUGGCUACGCACCGCCAUGAAUUAUCAGUACAAGUUUGGUGGCACCUUGCUUGAGGUUCUCAAGAAGCUCUGGGAUGAAGGAGGUCUGUUGCGGCUCUACCAGGGCCUCUUUCCCUGGGCCAUCUUUCAAGCGCCCUUGUCGCGCUUCGGCGACGUGGCGGCGAACGAUAUGGUCCUGGUACUCUUUCAGCAGCUGAUGCCGCAGGUUCCAGUGAGCAUGGCGACCUUCAUGGGUUCCUUAUCCAGUGCUGCCUGGCGCAUUAUCAUCACCCCUGUGGACACCUGCAAGACCAUCUUGCAGACCGAUGGUCCCAAGGGCUGGGUGAUGCUGAAGGACAAGAUCCAAAAGGGCGGUCCUUUGGUGCUGUGGGCUGGAUGGGAAGGCAACUACAUGGCCAAUGUGGUGGGCAACUACCCCUGGUUUGCCACCAUGAAUGUGCUGCAAAAACACAUUCCAGUUCCAGCUGGAAAUUUCCAGAAGUUGCUGAGGAGCGCCUUCAUCGGUGCCAUUGCUUCAUCCAUCAGUGAUGUUGUGGCUAAUUCCAUCAGAGUCAUUAAGACAAAGAAGCAAACCAGCAGUGAGAACUGCAGCUACCUCUCUGCUGCCCAGCAGAUUAUCGAGAAGGACGGGGUCUCGGGCAUCUUCUUCCGGGGGCUCAGCACCAGGGUCUUCACCAACAUCCUGCAGAGCGCCUUCUUCACCGUGCUGUGGAAGUACCUGUCCUCCAAAUAAACAAUUCGCCGCUGGGACGAGCUUUGGAGGAUUUGCUGGUGAGGAUAGCAGAGAUUGACCUGGGACCGGUCAGUUUCCAAAUUUGGUUUUUGGGCCUACUGAUAGCAACUCUAGUUGAUACUCAAAAAUGCGGAAGCCUUGUUUUUUG